UUUUUAUCAAACGUUUGUAUAUGAACGUACAACACUCGUGUUUGGGAGACGCUCACCGGGUGUACGUUUUGCCACUACCUCUUCAUGCCGUAUUAACACUGCCCCGGGAGAUCUCUCGGACACAUCACGAUUAUAAAUAAAACAGCGUGUCACAAUGUUGGACAUCAGACCAAACCACACCAUCUAUGUCAACAACCUCAAUGAGAAGGUGAAGAAAGAUGAACUCAAGAGAUCACUGUAUGCGAUAUUUUCUCAGUUCGGCCAGAUUCUUGACAUUGUUGCCUUGAAAACGCUAAAGAUGCGUGGUCAGGCAUUUGUCAUCUUCAAGGAAAUCCAGAGUGCCACCAAUGCCAUGAGGGCCAUGCAGGGAUUUCCCUUCUAUGACAAGCCAAUGAAAAUUGCCUACAGCAAGACUGACUCAGACCUAAUAGCAAAGCAGAAAGGCACAUACAAGGAAAGAGGAACCAAACGAAAGGAAGAAGAGAAAAAGAAAAAGAAAGGAAAGGAUGCCAAGGGAGCACCAACCGUACCUGCUGCUGGUGCUGUUUCAGCAAAACCUGGAGCCACAGUUGUACCUCCAAGACCAAAUCUUUUCAACCAGCCACCACCAGUGCAUGGGGCUGGUGGUAUGGGGGUGCCUGAACAACCUCCCAACCAGAUUCUCUUCCUUACAAAUCUUCCAGAUGAGACAUCUGAGAUGAUGUUGUCUAUGCUCUUCACACAAUUUCCCGGAUUCAAGGAGGUGCGUUUGGUUCCUGGUCGCCAUGAUAUUGCUUUUGUGGAAUUUGAAAAUGAGAUGCAGUCAGCAGCAGCCAAGGAUGCUCUCCAAGGCUUCAAGAUCACUCCCACACAUGCCAUGAAGAUUGCUUUUGCUAAGAAGUAAGGUGGUUCAAAUUAACCAAAUAUGAACUACUGCAUCAAAACCAUAUACCAACUUGUCUUUUUUUUUUUUUUUUUUUUUUUUUUUUUUUCUGUGCAGAUAUUUAUGUUGAAUGAAGUAUAAUGCAAAAUCAUGUGUUUGAAGAAAUUCAUCUAGAAAUACACAAUGGGAAGAUAAGUUACAGCAAGCAACACCAAGUAGGCAGAAAUGCUUUGCUUUGUAACUACUUUUAUGUACAGUCAUCUACUAAAACCUUGAUUUGAACUAUAUCUCCCGGCAGCUGAAACCUGCCAUGUCUGUUUUGUGGAAGCUGUUAUUGGGUACCUGACCACACAGUAAAUACCUUUCAGGUCGUACCUCAACUCUCAUCCUUCCAUCCUCAGCAACCACGCCCCACUCUCUCUCUCUCUCUCUCUCUGUCUUUCAUUAUUAUAAUAUAUUUCUGUAGGCAUUAACAAUUGUUUACACAUUAAUCAUGCAGCAGAUAUACUCACCUCCAGAUUUAUGUUUGAACACUGAGUAACUCCUAUGAUUGCACACAACUGAGUAAUAUUCCUGUUUCAAAUGUGUAAAUGGAGGUUUAAUUAAUUAACUUCUGUUUGGUAGUGAAAGAAAUUUAUAUUUCUUGCCAGAAAAAGUUUAUGUAUGUGUAUGCAGAUGAGUUGGUAAGGGUACUGAGAGCUGUUCUUCAUAGUAUUUAAUUUUAAGGCUACAAAUUGUGCAAAUUUCGUAAAUAAAGAAAAAAACCCUA